GCCGUUCUGCACUCGUGUGAACCGGAACCGGAUCAUUUCGUUGCACCCGACGGUGCUCUGGUUCGUCAUGGCGGAGAAUGUUGUUUUCGUUCCAUGAUAUAGUGCGCGAUCGCAUCCGUAUAUCGACUCGCCCGGCCCCUGACUUAGACGACGCUGAUCCUCCUGCUUAACAUCGAGAUCGGCGAUCAUUUAGCAGUCAUGGAUAUGCGCGGCAUCGAAGUCACAAAUCAGCUACGUAGUGCUAUUCGUGCCAAGCUGAUGGAGCUAGGAGUUCGAUAUGACGAAGAACUGCCAGACUACAUAUUGGUAAUGGUGGUGAACAAAAAGUCCCGCCAGCAGAUGCACCACGACCUGAAUCUUUUCCUGGAGGACUGCACUACCGUUUUCGUGGACUGGUUGCAUGACCAAGUACUAAAGAAACUGCAGAAGGUCACUGUGGCAAAGAAGAAAUCAUCGCGCGAGUUCGUUCCCACGGUGGUGGUGAAACAGGAGGAGGAGCGAAAGAAACGGAAGAUAUCGGCAACGUCGUUCCUCGAGGAUCAAGCAACAGAUCAGUCUUCGGAGAAGUUGGGCAAGAUUGCGAGAGACGAUAAGCCGGCGCAGAAGCAACAGCAAGCCGCGAAGCUCUCCGUUCCGAAUCCAACCGCGGAACAGAAUUACAAGACUGUUGAGAAGACCACAAAGUCUCUACAUAACAAGGGCAAGACAGACGAUGCAUCGACAGACGUUAUCAGCCACCAGGAGGCAGCUCCUACCGCGAAGAGACUGCAGAGUUCCACGCGCGACGAGAACACGAUGAAAGAGGCCAUUGCGCCGGAGAAUCCUAUCGCGAAGACCGUAGAUUCACAACGCGACCAACGAGUUAACGCCGAGACGUCAGUUAAGAGCUUGAAACGGCUACCGGAAACGUCGAGCGGUCAUCAUCACGACGGCGCAGACAAGAAGGAACAGGAAGCGAAGCAACCUCGGUCGGCCGAGAAGGAGAAAGAAGACUCCACGACGUCGCCGGACGCUACGAAAAAGCUCAAGUCUUGCGUAAACAAGCCAAGGAUCACAUCUGUAGUGUCUGUGAAGAACCGGCUAGGUGUGAUGUCGCCGAGGAAGAAGUUCGAGGUGUACCGCGACAAACCGAUGACAGCUGAGGGCAACGGUCGUUAUCGUCAGUUAGAUAAGCGAUUCGAUAAGCACCGUUAUGGCGAUAACAGCCGCGCUGGCGGCUCCCAACGAAACAGAAGCUUUGAGAGCGACGAGCGUUCCAGACGGAUUCGUGACUGUGGCAACGGCGGUGGUGACUCGCGUCAUCACGAAAUUAACAAAAUGAAUGACGUGAGAAGCAAGAUAGAGAGUGGCAAAAACGAGAAACUGAUCAGGAGCGCGCAGGAGUCUUCACGCGAGAGGGUGAACUCCAACUCCAAGAGCGCGGACGUCACGAAGAAGACCACGUGCACCAUCAAGGACCGCCUGGGAGUCGCAAGCGUCAACAAGUCCAUAAAGUCGCAAGAGACGGCUGACUGGAGCAGGAACCCGAAGAGCAAUAUCGAGCAGCAGUCGCGCAAUGGCUCGAAUGUCACCAAGAAUAUCAAGAACCGGUUGGGCCCUCUGAGAAAUAAUUUCCGGCCGUUGCGCAAGCUCGGUGGGAGGCAGUCACGUAGCAGCGAAGACGACGACUGCCUGAAUCUGGGCAUCGAAGAAGAGCAGGAAGAGCUGGAUAACGAUGAACAGUCUGCAGUGAACAUAGGCCCCAUGAAAUCACACAUAGUCGCUGUCAACAGACCAAUUGUCCCGGCGGCUAAGAUCGAAAGGAAGCGUCCGAAGGAGACUACGUUCAGCGCGAUGCAGUACGGCUAUCCGGGCCACAGCGCAAAGUCGCAGGCGGACAAGAUCGACAGGGGAGGCAGGUCCAGUGACGUGGACGAGGACAUGGACGACACGCGGCUACCCAGCAAAGUAAUCGUCACUCCCAGACCCUUGAAGCCGCUGCAGCCAGCUCAGAAGCGCGCCACGCAGUCGCUGCUGCUGAGAGCGGUCGCUGAGGCGAACCAGUCAGUCGUCACGCAAAAAAACCCGGAGCCAUCUUUAUUGGACAAGAAGGACAAGAAGCCAGUAUUGAAGCGUCUGAAACCCACAUCGACGCGCGACGUGAGUCAAAACUUGUCGGUGCACCUGAAUUCCACUAAGAGACUGGUUAUGGAGAAGAUACAGAUCGAAUUGAACACGUCGGAUAAUCUCGACGCAGAGGAUGCUGAACCCGCACCAUAUGUGCCUCAGGCGGUAAUGGACGAGCACAUGGGAGUUGUGAUGUCGUUGUUCCAAAGGAGCGACGACAACCAGAAAUUUUUAGUCACCCUAAACGGAUACAACAACAAUCUCAUGAAGGAAAAGCUCGGUUCGGAAGACGAUGAGGAACGGUUGGAGAUGGAGGUGAACGAAGACGACGAGCUCGCGCUUCUGACGACGCAUAACGAGACGUACGCGCCGGCACAAAGCGAGCUGGAGAGCGGCGCGUUCCGGAUAACGGAUGGCACGGAGGAUGAAACGGACAACGGUAGUCCAAAAGAGGUGAGCGAGGAAAACAAUGAGAACUGCAACACGGAGAACGUCGACAAGACGGACGAGGUGCCGCGAAAGCGGAGAAAACUCAGUCCGAUAGUAUACAAUCGGUCCCAUUCACCGAGUCCCACACGACUGAAAUCCACCACGUUAUCGACGUUAUCGGCCAAGUUUACCGAUAAAAGGCCGCUAACAGAGAGCGCGGGUGUUCCCACUGUCCUGGACAAGUCUAGGGAGAACUGUAGAUACUGGCCAAAUUGUACGUUAGGGAACAAAUGCGCGUACCUUCACCCGCCCGUCAUGUGCAGUGCCUUCCCGGCGUGCAAAUUCGGGGACAAAUGCGCCUACAGGCAUCCCAAGUGCAAGUUCGGCCUGUCGUGCACCAAGCUGGGCUGCGUGUUCUCCCAUCCCGCUCAGCAAUGCAAGUACCACCCGUUCUGCACGAAACCGGCGUGCCCGUACUCCCACCCAGCCACGUCGCAACCGCUCGCGACGGAAGUGACGAGCCAGCGGGCCAAGUUCACCUGGCGACGGCGGGACUGAGCGAGGUGCGGAUGAAUACGAGCCCGAGCGCGUCGUUCUGAUGAUGAAAGCGGAUCGAGACAUGCUGCCGGGUCUCCACGUGAGAUCACUUUGUACAGAUAGAACGAAAGGGACAUACCUUAUCUUCAAGGGCGACGCGCCGAGGUCAAGGUCGCUCGUCGACGUCGACUCGAUGUCCUCUCGACGAUGUCAUCGUCGUCGUACAUUCUCGAAGACUUUUACGCGAUCGGACAUGAUCUCGUGUGUGUCAACGUGCUCGUCAAGACACACCGGUGCGUAUCGUAAGUUGACGUGAUAUCGUCGUAGUGCAGUUAACCUGACGAUCGAGGAGCGCGUUUGAAGAGCACAAUCAAGAAAAGUUGAAGCUUCUUUAUUCAGCGUUUCAGAUUCAACAGGCUUAUCCUGUAACUUUCAACGGCAUGACGUUGGAAGUUUACAAGUCUACAAGUUUAGGGCGAUUAUCCAAACGAAAUAGAGACUUUCAUUUUACAGCGGGCUCGUGAAUCUUGGAUUCAUGAUCUUACAUUUUUUUUGUCUCCGAUCUCUUUCCUCGAUCGCUCUGCGCAGAUUCCAAGAUCGAGUAUGCACGGUGGACCAGAUUGAACGACUUCUCGCUACGCAUUUUCCGCAUACAGUUCUAUAAUAUAUGACACAAGAAGAACGAAUUCAAUCGCGGCCCAAGCCAUGCAACUGAACGAUCUUGGAGUCCUUUCAAACUUCCAACUACGACAUUCAGACUGCUUCACUGGAAUUUACGUACGCGUGUAACCAGGCCGCCACGUAUAGACGCGUCGCCCGUCGUGCAUAGCUUUUAACGUCGUCACAAUAAUA